AUUCUACACUCACACGUAGAGAUUAGGUCGUUUGAAUUAUAUGACCUAGCCUAUUUGUAUAUUGAUAUGGCCUUGUGUGAACGUAGAAUACUUCUAUUUUCUCGUGCCCAGAGACAUGUGUGAGUAUCUGAACGAAACCCCGUGAUUCCACACACAGUCUCUCGAAUUUUAUAUUAGAUUCCCUAUUUUAUAUCCCAUCACAAACUAGUAUCACAAAAGAAUAAGAAACUGCCAUCCCGUUAUGCCCGCGCUUUGGUAACUCUUAUAUAUAUAGCCGCAACAAUAAACAACCCUGGUCUUUCCGCGGAGCCAAAAUUAGAAAAAUCAAGAUUUCACAAUUCUCUCUCUAAUUCUUCCUCUUCCUCAUCACCUAACAGCCUAUCAUGAUGAUGAUGAUGAUGAUGAUGUCAAUCUUGAUUCAUAUGUAGAUAUAUAAGCAGUUCUUCUUCUUCUUCUUCCUGCGUUAUCACAAAUUAGAAAGAAUAAUGGAAACACUUUUUCAUUCUCGUGUUAAUAGGGAGAUUGAAACGCUUACGGAAAGAUUACAUCCUCCCAGGGUUUGUAUAGACAAUAAUUCUUGCAAAGACUGUACUGUUCUCAAGGUUGAUAGUGCAAACAAGUAUGGGAUAUUGUUGGAGAUGGUACAGGUGUUGACAGAUCUUGAUCUAGUCAUUUCCAAGUCAUACAUUUCUUCUGAUGGUGGAUGGUUUAUGGAUGUGUUCCACGUCACUGAUCAAGCUGGCAAUAAGGUCACUGACAAUAACCUCAUGCAAAAAAUCGAGAAGGAACUAUGCGACACAAAAGCAAAAGAGGACAUAGAUGAUGAAACAGAACUCGAAAGCUGCGAGGAAUUAGAGUCAUAUUACACAAAACUAAAUGUGUCAACCGAGAACACAGCGUUGGAGAUGAGUGGGAUGGAUAGACCGGGUCUGUUAUCUGAAAUAUCAGCUGUGCUAGUGGACAUGGGCUGUAAUGUCACCUCAGCAACAGCGUGGACCCAUAAUCGAAGGGCAGCCUGCAUAAUUUACGUAGAAGAAGAAUCCAAACCUGGGCCGAUCAAGGACCCUAAGAGGCUGGCCCAUGUGAAGGAAGAGCUGGAGACUGUCGUGCAGGCCCGUGGUGUGAAUGGAGACAGAAACAAUGUGAGGUUGAGAAACUUUGCCACCGGGCGCACACACACCGAACGGAGGCUUCACCAGCUAAUGUACGCGGACAGGGAUUACGAGGGCUGUUGCCCUUGUCAUGGAUAUAAUACAGGAGAGCACAAAAGGGGGUGUGAUGGGACUCAUGUGUCUAUUAGUAGAUGCGAGGACAGAGGGUAUUGGGUGGUGAAUGUGAUUUGUAAGGAUCGUCCUAAAUUGUUGUUCGAUACAGUAUGUGUUCUAAGGGACAUGCAUUAUGUAGUGUUUCACGCCGCUAUUAGUUCCAAGAAAUCCAUAGCCAAUCAGGAGUACUUUAUAAGGCACAAGAUGAAUAGUUUAGCUCUUCGAACACAAAGCGAGAGGGAAAAGCUCGUCUUAUGCAUUAUAGCUGCAAUAGAGCGUAGAGUCUCGCACGGUUUAAGGGUUGACAUUUGCACUCAAAAUAGAAUGGGUUUACUAUCGAAAGCAACCGGAGUGAUUCAGAAAAAUGGAUUGUCAAUACCAAGAGUUGAGAUUGUAACACGAGGAGAGAAUGUAGUGGGAACAUUCUAUGUCACAGAUCCUUUAAAUAUUGAAGUGAAUCCAAAAAUAGUAGAAUUGUUGAGAAAAGAGUGUGGUGGAUCCGUCGACAUGGUUAUUGAUCACAAGUGUCCUUGUGGGCUUUCUCGAUCAUCAUCAUCGUCCUCGUCAGUAGUGAGUGAAAACAACGGUACCGUAGAGGAUAAGCGAAAAUUUUCACUUGGAAGCAUGUUAUGGUCUCAUAUAGGGAAAUUUUCAAGCAAUUUCAGCCCUAUUAAGUCCUGAGAAGCUCUCAUUUGGUGGAACUGGCCUUCUGCAUGAAGGAAUGUCCCUGCCAUAUAUCUGUGUACAUUGAAUUUUUAGUUAGUUUUCAUUUUUCUCCUCA